AUGUCAUCUAGGACUGUAACAUAUCAAACGGAUGCGAUACCUGGCAAUCUGUUAGAUCUAACUACUACUACUACUACUCCUACUGCUGCUCCUGCUACUACUACUACAACUCAUAUUCCAGCUCCUGCUACUACUCCUACUCCUGCUACUACUCCUAUUCCUGCUCCUGCUACUACUCCUGCUACUACUCCUAUUCCUGCGCCUGCUACUACUCCUACUCCUGCUACUACUCCUAUUCCUGCUCCUGCUACUACUCCUGCUACUACUCCUAUUCCUGCUCCUGCUCCUACUACUACUCAUAUUCCUGCUCCUGCUACUACUACUACUACUCAUGCUACUACUCCUACUCCUGCUACUACUCCUAUUCCUGCUACUAUAACUACAACCCCUACUACUACUCCUGCUACUACAACUACAACUCCUACUACUACUCCUGUUACUACUACUCCUACUACUACUCCUGCUACUACUCCUAUUCCUGCUCCUGCUACUACUACUACUACAACUCCUAAUCCUGCUCCUGCUACUACUACUCCUACUACUCAUAUUCCUGCUCCUGCUACUACUCCUACUCCUGCUACUAGUCCUAUUCUUGCUACUACUACUCCUAAUCCUGCUACUACUCCUACUCCUGCCACUACUCCUACUCCUGCCACUACUCCUAUUCCUGCUCCUCCUACUCCUACUACUACUCCUACUCCUACUACUACUCCUAUUCCUGCUACUACUCCUACUCCUGCUACUACUCAUAUUCCUGCGCCUGCUACUACUCCUGCUACUACUCCUACUACUACUACUACUCCUGCUCCUGCUACUACUCCUGCUACUACUCCUAUUCCUGCUCCUACUACUACUCCUCCUACUCCUGCUACUACUCCUAUUCCGGCUCCUGCUACUACUACUACUACUCGUAUUCCUGCUACUACUACUCCUACUACUACUACUCCUCCUCCUAUUCCUACUCUUCCUCCUAUUCCUACUCCUACUCCUAUUCCUACUACUACCACUACUCCUCCUCCUAUUCCUAUUCCUACUACUACUACUCAUAUUCCUACUCCUUCUACUACUCCUAUUCCUACUACUACUCCUAUUCCUACUACUGCUACUCCUACUUCUAUUCCUACUCCUCCUCCUCCUAUUCCUACUCCUACUACUACUACAACUCCUAUUCCUACUACUUCUACCACUACUACUACAGUACUACUACUACUACUACUACCAGCCAUGCCCAUAUUAGCCAUAUAGUGCCAGAGGAAUAAACCUUCUGUUGGAAAAGAGCCUAACCUUCCAUUAUAGAGGCAUAUAUUGAGAAUAUUAAUAAUAUCCUAAAUAUAAUAUCUCUGUUCCAUUCCAUGUAGAACAUUGUGGGAGCGUUCCAUCUAACCUUAAAUUCCAUCUAGAACAUUGUGGGAGCGUUCCAACUAACCUUAAAUUCCAUCUAGAACAUUGUGGGAGCGUUCCAUCUAACCUUAAAUUCCAUCUAUAACAUUGUGGGAGCGUUCCAUCUAACCUUAAAUUCCAUCUAGAACAUUGUGGGAGCGUUCCAUCUAACCUUAAAUUCCAUCUAGAACAUUGUGGGAGCAUUCCAUCUAACCUUAAAUUCCAUCUAGAACAUUGUGGGAGCGUUCCAUCUAACCUUAAAUUCCAUCUAGAGUCUAGAACAUUCUGCGAGCAUGGGACUGUAAAAAUAUCAGAACGCCACAUUCACCAACCCCAAAUAGCUGCACCAGCUCCAGUUUGCAGACGUUAACAUUACAGGUUGUGGGUUCCGUAUACCACCACCAUCCUCUGUUUCUAACAAGCACCAUAGAACCGACACAGCACCUUGUCUGUCUGUCUGUCUAUCACUAGCUUUGACAGUCUGACAUUCAGCAGUGGAAAACAAGACGGAACAUGACAUCUUCUAGCGUUUACUAUGCUUCUGUUGAUUGCUGUGUGUAUGACUGACAUGGUCUUUGAAAAUAUCUUUGACAUAGAGGAGGCACAUUGCAACAUCAUGGACUCACACACAGGAGUACAUCACAGCAUUAUACCAAGUUCAGAGUGUCUGCCAUAUCUUCUUGUCACACAUUUCUUGCUGUUUCAGCACCGAUAGCUAGUCAUGAUUAGGGUUGCAAAGGUAGUGUAUAUUACUGGAAACUUUCUACGUUUACCAGUAAACUACUAGGAUGUUGGUAUCUUUCAAGGAUUUUAUGUAAUCUAUCACACGACUUCUAGUGCCCCUUUCUAGUGAACCUUUCUAGUGGCCCUACUUUAGAUUAUUACCGAUGUCUAAUUACAUCUGGUCUUAUCACAUGUAAAAUAUUUGACAUAACUAAAUAAGGUGAUUAAAAAAAUAUGACAAAGCUGUAAAACAUUAUCCUAAAUAUAAACCACAAAGAUGAAUACCAUUGGUUUAAAAAUAAGUAAAUAAAUUGACACAGUGUAAUCCUUUUUACUUUGUCAAUAUAUAUAUGGUGUCAAUGUUUUUGCGUUAAACUGGUGACAGUUGUGAAUGAAAAGUGAAUGGUUGGAAGAGUUGCAGAGUUAAUUGAAAAUAAUGCCAUUGUUCAUCAGAUGCUUUUUUCAUUAAUCAGGCUUUUUUGUCUUGAACCAUAUGGUCUAUCUACUAGAAACGCAUGGACAAUAUGGACACAGAUAUAACAAUAAAUACUAUAUAUCAAUUUAUAUAUACUUUUAUUUAUAUAUACAUAUAUAUAUAUUAAAGUUAUUCAAGUAUAAAGUACCAAAGUUAAGAUAAAUUGCCAUACAUUUUCUGUUAAUUACCCAAAUUACUGAAGAUUCUGAUAACUUUGGUAAAUUACAGGUAGCUUUGCAACCCUAGUCUUGAUGUCAGCUACUAAUACCUUGACACACGCACUCACACACACAGAGGCAGACACACACACACUUCAAAAGAAUUUUAUCUCCAUCACUCAGCCCUAACAGCUUUGCUUUCAUCAGUGAGAUAAUGCUUGAUCAUGUCUGAUGUUAACAUACACACACACAGAGAGAGAGAGAGAGAGAUAGAGACACAUACACACACACAAGCUCUGACAAUGUCUGAUGUUCAGAGAGCAGCAUCUGUAGCUGCAGACAAAGUUUGUAUCCAAAAUGACACCCCCUUCCCUAUAAAGUGCAGUACUUUUCACUAGAGCCAUAUGAGCCCUGGUCAAAAGUAGUGCACUGUAUAGGGAAGGGGGUGCCACUUGAGACAUAGACAAGCUCAUUAAAGAGCUCCUUAUCAGCACCAACAAGCACUUUGAACUACAGGAUGUCUGGUGUCUUUUAAUCUUUCAACAGAUUGAUUAUGGUUCCUUCCUCUGUCGUUUCGUUCCAAUGCAUGCCAGAAUCGCUUAGAACUUCAUAAACAUGGGUAGUGUCCUGAAUGGCACCGUAUUCCUUAAAUAGUUAACUCUAUGGGCUCCGGUCAAAAGUAGUGCAUUAUAUAGGGAAUAGGGUGCCAUUUGGGAUGGAAUCCUAAAACAGUCAGCCAUUUUAAUAGUCCUCUCUCUCUCUUUUCUCUACUUAUCGUCUUUUAACAAGUUUGUCAAUAAUUGUAUCAAAUGAGUUUGCCUUAUUUCACAUUGUCAAACGUCUUCUUCAUUAUCUGUUUCUAACACAUACUUGGCUGUAUCGCUUGCAGAUGAUUUGUAAUUUUGAGUAUUUACCUACUGUAACGUGAUGGCUGAUAUGUUUUGUUCUAUUGAUUCACUCUGUUACUCUCUGGGUUUCGGAAAAUUGAGCAAAAAGCAUUUAAUUUUGUUUUCCGAUGUUGUUAUCAAUUAUACAUUCACAAAUGAUUCAUGAUUCCAUGCUAUACAGUACAUCCAAUGAUUAACAGUAAAGUACAGUACUAUGAAACAAUAAAUUACCAUAUGAAUUGGAGUACAGUACUAUUAUGAAUGAAAAUGAUGCCUUCAUAAUUUGGUGUUUUGCUUUGCUUAACAAUAAUGAGAUGAACUAAUAAAGUUUAAAGGGGGAUGGUCA